ACUGCGCAUUACCUUAGUGUGCAGGUGCUGUACCGAAUGCACAGUAGCGAAAUAUCUCCACUGUCCAACUCACUUCUUCAAGGGUUCAGCAAAAUACCAAAGCCAGCAUAAGAAAGCAGAAACGAAGCAAAACGUUCUAGUAUCAACACCAGCCGUAUACCUAGCUACGUUUGAAGUAGAGAGAAGGAGACGCUAGUACUGGUGCACUUGUAGGUGGAGGAACUGGUAGUAUUGUACAAUUGCGCAGACUGGUUACUGACCCGGAGCAGUAGCUGUUGGAAAGUAGGUUGUGAGAGAUGGCGCUACUCGCAUGUUUGGUAGUAGUGUCCGUUGCUGUAUCUUUGGUUGAUGGACAACCUUUGGUAGCAGCCAAGCCAUGGAUUGAUAUUCUACCGCCAGGUCCAGGAGGCAAGGUGGCUGCAGAGACCUUCGCCCGCCCAUACCUAAAACCGCGACCCAAUAGCCCCCCAACACCACAGCCUUCUCCAGGAUUUCCUCAACCAUGGGUCAGUCGUCCUACUCCUAUUGCGCCGGAUACACCCCCCGCACCGAUGCAGACUCAGAAGCCCAAAAUGGGAGAGUGCGCUGGACAAGCUUUCACGACUGCGGAAUGGAUGUGCUGCGAGGGAAACAUUGUGAGGGGCACCAUUGAGACAGGCUUUCAAUGUUGCGGCCCGGAAGCCUACAAUAACCGGACAGAGGUUUGCUGCAUGGGCACUAUCGAGACAGCGCCGAUGGGCUCGAAGUGCUGCGCGGGCACUGUGUAUCAUCCGUCAAGGGAGAUGUGCUGCAUGGAUAUGGUAGCUCCAGGUCCGGAGCGCACCAAGACAUGCUGUGGCACGGAAAGCUACGCCAACGCCACCCAAGGGUGCUGCGGCGGAACAGCCGUCUUUGAACAUGCCAUCGCCAUGUGCUGUGACGGAGCGAUUACGACGGACGGGCCCGCAGCGGUGCGAGAAUGCUGCGGCACAAACACGUUUCCGAAGGGCGCUGGUCACAUGUGCUGCGCUGGAAAUGUGGUCAACGCCAACCCAGCUCAGGAAAAGUGCUGCGGCGCCGACAUCUACAAUCCGUACACGGACAUCUGCUGCCAGGACACGGUGAUGGCGCGCAGCCAGCCCGGCGCAGUAGAACACUGUUGCGGUGCUGGCAUUAUAGGGCCGCUGAGUGCCUGCUGUGGUAACAACACGGUGUACGACCCUGCCAUGCAGCAGUGUUGCGGCGGGCAGGUGGCGGACGGCACGCCGCCGCAGUUCAUGUGCUGCGGGCCCAGCUCGUUCAGCAUCUUCGGCGAGAGCCUGUGCUGCAACGGCCUGCUGCAGCACGCCGGGCCGGACGCGCGGACCAUGGCGUGCUGUGGCACGUCGGUGUUCAGCACCCUGACGCACACGUGCUGCGGUGUUGCCGCGUUGUACGCCACGCCUAACUAUAACUGCACUCUAGUACUCGGCUAGGCUGCCUCCGCGCCUGUCCAUCGGCUCAUCUAUUGUUCAGCUGAAGCAGGACACAUCCGACACGGAAUAUUGAAUGACCACAUUUUAUCCUUCCUGUUCACCACACCACACCGCCUGUACAGAUCUCAUACAUUGUGAUACUUUGACUAGCUAUCAUUUUCUUCCCCUUUUCCUUCUUGAUCACUUCUCUUUUGUCUAUAUUCCGUUCUCACCUGUCCACAACGCAAUCAUAAUGAACACACAGUCAGUGUGAAACUGUAUUCUGUGCUUACACAUGUACAUAGCUCGGGAGAUUCAACAAUCAUAAAACCUCUUGGAAGUACUCCUGUACUAAUUAUUUUUGCACAAUCACUGACUUGUGUUUAAAGCUACAUUAAUUUUACUGCUAUCUAUCCAAGCCGUAUAAUACUGCAAUAUACAGAAUUUAUGAAAAUCGUGAACUAAUUCAACUCCGAGUCAUAUCACCUUGUGAGUGACUUCUUCAA